AUGAGAGAGAGACAGCAGCGGGACCGAGUGACUGGAGGAGGAGGUGGAGUCUGUCCCAGCCUGCAUCUGGCCCGCUCCCCUCUCUGUCACCCCGGGCCAAACCCGCCCAGCUCUUCUCACUUACUCUCCGCCUGUUCUCCCGCACGGCUCGGCUCGGACGCACGCAGCACUCACUCACAACACACAGCGAAGACCCGGAAUGGAGACGGAAGGGAGCCAGAGCAGCCUGUCCACCACGGACUCCCCUCACGACCCCUGCAAAAUGUUCAUUGGUGGACUCAGCUGGCAAACAACACAAGAGGGUUUGAAGGAGUACUUCUGCAAGUACGGCGAGGUGAAGGAGUGUAUGGUGAUGCGAGAUCCGGUUACUAAGCGCUCGAGAGGGUUUGGAUUCGUCACCUUUGUUGAUCAGGCCGGCGUGGAUAAAGUUUUGGCCCAAACCAGGCACGAGCUGGACUCAAAAACAAUUGACCCAAAGGUUGCAUUCCCUCGCAGAGCUCAGCCCAAGUUGGUGACUCGAACCAAGAAGAUCUUUGUGGGCGGCCUGUCAGUGAACACAACCAUCGAGGAUGUGAAACAGUACUUUGACCAGUUUGGGAAGGUCGACGAUGCCAUGCUCAUGUUCGACAAGACCACCAACAGACACAGAGGGUUUGGCUUUGUCACGUUUGAGAACGAGGACGUGGUGGAGAAAGUCUGCGAGAUCCACUUCCACGAGAUCAACAACAAAAUGGUGGAGUGUAAGAAAGCUCAGCCCAAGGAGGUGAUGUCCCCCACGGGCUCAGCCAGGGGGCGCUCUCGUGUGAUGCCCUAUGGAAUGGACGCCUUCAUGCUGGGCAUUGGUAUGCUGGGUUAUCCGGGCUUCCAGACAGCCACCUACACCAGUCGGAGCUACGCUGGCAUCACUCCUGGAUAUACAUAUCAGUUCCCUGAGUUCCACUUAGAGAGGACUCCCCUUCUGACUUCACCCCACCCCCCUGAGCUCACAGCCAUUCCUCUCACAGCAUAUGGACCAAUGGCAGCAGCAGCGGCAGCAGCAGCAGUAGUUAGAGGCUCCACCCCGUCUCGCUCAGCUGGAUUUUUAGGUACGAGCAGCCCGGGGCCGAUGGCGGACCUGUAUGGAACAGCCAGUCAGGAGUCUGCUGUCAGCAGUUACCUCAGCGCUGCAAGCCCAGCUCCAAGCACUGGAUUCAGCCAUAGUUUGGGGGGCCCUUUGAUUGCCACGGCCUUCACUAACGGCUAUCACUGAGAGUUGCAGAGCUGUAGACUGAGAGCUGGAAGGAGUUGAAGCUGCUUUGGAGCUGAUCUGGCCUGUCUCUGUCCAGUCCGCCUCUCCGGCUGGUGCAGCUGAACCCUCAACCCUCCACCCUGGUGUCAGCUUGAACCCAGCCCACCCUACUGACGCCUACCAACACUAAACUCCACCCCCUGAGAGAAAAAAAAAGAAAAAGUUGCAUAAAUGGAGCGAAAAAGUUGAUCACUACAUGUAAAAGCAACACAUACAGAUGCUGUAUUUUUAGUGUUUUUUUUUUGUUGUUGUUUUUUUGUUCUUUCUUUCUGUCAUUAUGUUUCACCAUGCUGUUUUUUUUUUUGUGAUGGCUGCGUUGUUUCUUUAUCUGUUUUGGCUGUUUUAUUGGGUUAUGUGAACCUGGUCUCUCUGAGAGCAGAGGAGAAAAGUCUCCAGGUGAAGCCUGUUUGAAGGUCAGGAGCUGUAAUUUGUACUGGAAAACUGUAUAUUUGUCACUAGUUCAUACUGAAUUUUAACAAAACAUUUGUGAUUAAUACUAUUUCUUGAAAUGUGUCACAAAGUGUAUAUCUUGGUAGGUUUUUAACAAAGACUUGUUACACUAAUAACAGUCAGACGACAAAGGUCAUUAGUCACAGUUACAUAAUAGGCCUACAUGAGCUGUACAAUUUUGUAAAAUAUUGUAAAUAUGACUGGUUUCUGGGGGGGCACGGCUAAUUUUUGUGUUUGGGAGGCUUUUGGAGAAAUAAUACGACUGCUUCUUUCAUCAUAUGCAUUGGAAAGCUUGACUGUUACGUCUCCAAGUUUCACACGGAGGUCAAGAACAGUGCAGUAUGUUUGUCUGUCAAUAUGAGACCAGCCACAUACUGUAAUCAUCUCCAGGCAUUUUAUAAAGGACGUGUCAUUUGAUUCUGUUACUGCAUUUAAAAACUGCCUCAGAGUUGAAGCACUUUGAGUUGAGCAGGAGAGCGGCUGAGUCUGGAACAACACUUUACUUUUGGGGAUAACUGGGUGUGAAAAUGCUCCUUCUGUCAGGAGAGAGAGAAAAAAAACAUGCUGUUUUCUUACUUUGUCAUAUUGUUGUUUUAACUGUGAUUUUCAAUAUGUGAUGAUUGUUUGUGAAGGGAAAUGAAGGAGCAGUGUUCAGGAGCAGUCAUGCACGGUUAACAGUGUUCUGACUGAUCCGCUCUGCAGGUUGUGUUGAUGUUUGCGUGAGCGUCAUAUGGUUUUAUACACAUUGGUUUCCAAUGUGCCAUGUUAUGUUUUUUGGGGGGGGAUUGUACCUCAGUUGCAAAUGUGAAAUUUGAAUCUGACUUUUUUAUUAUUACAUUAACAUCUAUGUCAAAGUGUGGAUGGUUGAACCUUUUAGAAAGGUGGCUUUUCCAACAGGAAAGGGGGACUCUUAUUAACUCUUGUUUACCUGUCACCCCUCUUCCAAUCACUGCAUAUCCACUGGAGUUCACAGACUGUAGCAAUGUGACAGCUAUUUUUAGACCAAAACAAUUAUGUUCAAAGCUACUAGGACAUUGCACUGGCCGAUCACAAAAAAAUGUGUUUUCCUUCGAAUGUUAGCUUAAGAACAAAGCACUCUUGAUUUACCAGGUUUUACAUUUUGAUACACUCGCUCACACUGCUGCGGGCUACCAUGGUAGUUCAUACUUUGAUGCUGUUUUCACUGAAAAAUAACAAUCUUGUCAACACUGUAACAUUUUCUGAUUUUCUUUUUCCUGUCAUGUUUAUUCCUUUGAAAAAAAAAACUUUUUAAAAUUCCUAAUAAAUUAUUUUAAAACAUUCCA